AUGGAGAAGAUUAAGGAGUUGAACCCCGAACAUUACAAGUAUGUAGUCAACCUUCCUCGGCAUAGGUGGGCUACCCAUUGCUUCCUGCGAAGGCGUUAUUCAAUACUCACUUCCAACUGUGCCGAAACGAUAAACAGUGUAAUUCGUCAUUUAAAAGGCCUUCCAAUUACCUACCUCGUCGAGGAAACACGAAAGAAAACAGCUUGUUAUUUUUACCAGAGGAAAAAUAAUGGCGAGAAUAUUACCAGUGUAGUAACACCCUAUGCAGAAAAGAUUUUAGGGAGCUCGAGGGAAGCGUCCCGCUUUUACAUGCUGAAUCCUUCGAUCGAUGUCCUCUUUCAGGUAAUUGCAGCCGACCAUACAGAUGUUGUGGAUCUUUCCAAAAAGACAUGUUCCUGCAAGCGAUGGGACAUUGACGGCAUUCCAUGUAAUCACGCUAUGGCAGCAAUUUCAUUUAGGCUACGGGAUCCGUAUGAUUUUGUCGAGGACUGGUUUAAGACCUCGACUUAUCGCGCAACCUACAACGAUUGCGUCCCCCCCACCAGAGGCAAAGAGCAAUGGCCUGCAAUACUAAGUAACGUUGUUCUGCCACGGCCGCCAAACGUCCGCAUACAACCGGGCAGAAGAAAGGUUUCGCGGCGAGAGUCUAUUGCUAACGGCUUAAUAAAGAAGCGGUGCCGGAAUUGCUAG